CUUCAAAUCAAGUGUCAAUUGAUGUCAAAAAACAGUUUUUAUAUUGGUGGAUGACUAAUUUCGCAAAAUAACAUUGUCCUAAAAAAUAUUAGCAUUAGCACUUGUGUCGCAGCCAACCAAAAUGAGCUUUUUCGGCAAAUUGUUCGGAGGAAAAAAAGAAAAUGAAACUCCUACGACUGGCGAGGCAAUACAAAAACUUCGGGAGACAGAAGAAAUGUUGGUCAAAAAGCAAGAUUUCCUAGAAAAGAAAAUAGAAGAACAGCUGCUCGUAGCUAAGAAAAAUGCCUCCAAAAAUAAACGACGUAAGUACUUUAUACAUUUACACAUUAUCUCCCUUCCUAUGUUAUUUGUAAACAUUCUGAAUAAAUAUUAUUGUAUACCUACUAUCUGAGUGUUGCAGUUGCACUACAAGCACUCAAAAAGAAAAAGAGGCUGGAAAAGAAUCUUCUGCAGAUUGAUGGAACCCUCACCACAAUUGAAAUGCAAAGGGAAGCUCUGGAGGGAGCCAAUACCAAUACAGCAGUCUUGCAAUCAAUGAAAAAUGCUGCUGAUGCAUUGAAAUCUGCACACAAAAAUCUGGAUAUUGAUAAUGUGCAUGAUAUCAUGGAUGAUAUUGCAGAACAACAUGAUAUAGCAAAUGAAAUUUCGAAUGCUAUCAGCAAUCCAGUAGGAUUCACUGAUGACUUGGAUGAAGAUGAAUUAGAAAAGGAAUUGGAAGAACUAGAACAAGAGGGAUUGGAAGAAGAUUUGCUUAAAGUGCCUGGCCCCACAGAACUGCCUGCUGUCCCAGCAGGGGAAGCUGUUGCUAAACCCUCCAAACCUGCUGCCAAAAAAGUUGAAGAUGAUGAUGACAUGAAGGAAUUAGAAGCAUGGGCCUCUUAGAAUGCUGAUACAGUUUGUGGGUAGGCCAUUAUCACAUAAGAUCAGCACUUUCUGGAUACACUUGUAUUAUAAUAAUUUGUAAUCAUCCCCAGAACUUGGCAUGGGUUUGCUUGAAAUGAUUAUGUAUAUAUAAUCUUUAAGCUAAUGUUUAAUGUGAAUUUGUUAUAUAAACAGUAAUUCCUUAGAAUUAAUCAUAUUAUAGCCUGCAGGAACUGUAAUGUUUAUAUUUUAAGUGAUACUUUUUUUAGUAGAUCAAGAAUAAAAAUAUGUUUACAAUGUGAUUUUGGUUCUGACUGAGCUACAACAACUCAAUGCAGAUAUUAUCACUUAAGUUCCAACACUGUGUAACUCAAAACUGACACCUUUUUUGGAGGGCAAGAAGAAGAUUCCCAUGCAAAUUACAUGCAUAUCUUAUAAUCCUCUAUGUCUGGCCACUAAAAAAAAACAUAUGCUUGAAAUACUUUUUACUGACAUUUAGUCAACUGCAGUAGCCUUUUUCUAGAAUGUGGUAUUAGAACCUAAGCAAGGAUAUACCACAUCCCAUUUUUUUCCAUAUAACAAGUAUCCAUGGUUAUAUGCAGGUAUACACGACCUGAAUUUAAAAAUAUCUAC